UGAACUUUGAUCGGGUUUCUUUCUGUGUGGCUCGCUCGUGGCUCUUCAUCGGACUGUAUUUGGGACCACAGCCGCUCCGUGAAUGCUUUUCCACAAGUAUUUACAGUGCAGGCUCAGGCCUCCUACAGUGAUAGGCCAGUUCCACACCUUGUUCUUCGGCUCCGUGCGGAUGUUCUUCCUGGGCGUCCUUGGAUUCGCCGUCUAUGGGAAUGAGGCGCUGCACUUCAGCUGCGACCCUGACCGCCGAGAACUCAACCUUUACUGCUACAACCAGUUUAGGCCCAUAACACCGCAGGUCUUCUGGGCAUUACAGCUGGUAACAGUCCUAGUUCCUGGAGCAGUAUUCCACCUUUAUGCCGCCUGUAAGAACAUAGACCAGGAGGAGAUCCUCGAGCGACCCAUCUACACAGUCUUCUACAUCAUUUCUGUUCUCCUGCGCAUCAUUUUGGAAGUCAUCGCCUUCUGGCUACAAAGUCAUCUCUUUGGCUUUCAGGUUCACCCACUGUACAUGUGUGAUGCCAGUGCUUUGGAAAAGGCUUUUAAUGUGACAAAGUGCAUGGUACCUGAACACUUUGAGAAAACCAUCUUCCUCAGUGCCAUGUACACCUUCACCGUAAUCACCAUACUUCUCUGUAUUGCCGAGAUAUUUGAAAUACUCUGCCGACGACUGGGCUAUCUCAACAAUCAGUGACACAAGUGCACAGAUAAAAUGACUUGUGGUAAACCUGUAUGACACCUUAUCUGCCAGUUAUACCGGGCUCCUGCCGGCUACGGCUGGACCUUUAUAAAACAGGGAGCGAACAGAAGACCAAAACCUCACCUGUGGUCAAUCAUGAGUAAGUGGCACUAAGAAAUUUGAGACAGUCCAACAAUGUUAGAGCUGGCAAGUCUGAAAUAACUUCCAGAGUUUAACCAUAACUAUAGAGUGAUGAUCCCUGGUUGUAUAUCAGAUAUCAGUGGGUCUGUACUGGUUGUGUCCAAAGGUGUUGUGUGGCCAAUAGUUACCUCUUACUGAACACUUGGGGAUGGACUAGAAAGACUUUUGGUUUUCUUUUUU